AUGGCUGCCCAAGGAGAACCCCAAGUUCACUUCAAGCUUGUAUUGAUUGGGGAUGGUGGGACUGGAAAAACGACAUUUGUGAAACGUCAUCUGACUGGUGAAUUUGAGAAGAAGUAUGUAGCUACCUUGGGCGUGGAGAUCCAUCCCCUCGCAUUCCACACCAACAGAGGGCCGAUUAAGUUCAACGUGUGGGAUACAGCCGGUCAGGAGAAAUUUGGUGGACUGAGAGACGGCUAUUACAUCCAAGCCCAGUGCGCCAUCAUAAUGUUUGACGUAACUUCGAGAGUCACAUACAAGAAUGUGCCUAACUGGCAUAGAGAUCUGGUGCGAGUAUGUGAAAGCAUCCCCAUCGUGCUGUGUGGCAACAAAGUGGACAUCAAGGACAGGAAAGUGAAGGCCAAAUCGAUCGUCUUCCACCGAAAGAAGAACCUUCAGUACUACGACAUCUCGGCCAAAAGUAACUUCAACUUUGAGAAGCCUUUCCUCUGGCUUGCUAGGAAACUCACCGGAGACCCUAAGUUGGAGUUUGUGGCCAUGCCUGCCCUGGCCCCACCGGAGGCUGUCAUGGACCCCUCCUUGGCAGCACAGUAUGAGCACGACCUAGAGGUGGCUCAGACAACUGCUCUCCCGGAUGAGAAUGACGACCUGUAA